GGGGCAGUGGGCUCUUGAAUGAACCAUGUUCGGUAACGGAGCCUCAGCUCUCCCGGUCUGCUCCCUUGUGUUCCUGCAGCUCCUGGUUCUCCCGGUGAAAUCCAGCUGGCUCGUUAAGGACAGAAGUGAAGGGAGAGUGGAGCAGCACAAGAUCCAUCUGCAGACACAUAGCCAUGGAAGACAGACUGAAAAGCAAACACAGGAGGAGGUGUUUCAGUGGUGGGGUGAGUGGUCCAAUUGGUCUUCCUGUUCCCGGAGCUGUGGAGGAGGAGUGAGAAGUCAGGAGAGACACUGUCUCAUACAGAGGUUGUCCACCACCCAGAACAUCAACAGUUCCUAUUGUGUUGGCUCACCUAAACAGUAUCAGCUCUGUCCAAACCAGCCCUGUCCCAGCCCUAAUGUCAGCUUCAAACAGCACCAGUGCUCCCAGUUCAACUCCAAGGCCUUUGGAAGAAGACACUACCAAUGGAUCCCUCUGUACCCUGCUGAUUACAUCAGCAUUUCCAGUAAGCCAUGUGACCUGCAGUGUACAACCGUCAGUGGGGAGCGACAGCUGCUGGUUCCUGCCCAUGAUGGAACAUUCUGCCGUGACUCCAACUACCACGGAGUCUGUAUAGAGGGAAUCUGUCAGCCUGUAGGGUGUGAUGGGGAGCUGUAUAGCAGCAAGACAGUAGACAGAUGUGGUGUGUGUGGAGGCACUGGGAUGUCCUGUCAACGCAUUUCUGGAUCAUACAGGAAGGGACUCACACAGUUAGGCUAUGUGUUUAUCACCAACAUCCCAACUGGAGCCACAGAUAUUCAGAUCAUAGAGAGACGCAAGACUGAGAACAUCCUGGCUCUAUCAGACGAAGCGGGACAUUUCUUCAUUAAUGGCAACACAGUGAUUGACAACCCUCAAAACUUCCGUGUGGCGGGAACUGUGUUUAAAUAUCGUCGUCCAAGCAAUGUAUUCUCUGAUGGGCUGGAGUACAUCAUCGCCCAGGGACCCACACUUCAGAGCCUUAAUGUGAUGUACUACAACCUAAAUGGGAAACUCCCCCACAUCACCUUUGAAUACACUGUCCCCCGCAACUCUCAUGACAUCAUCACUACGGAUGACAUCACCUCAGGUCCCUCCCUUGUUAACCAUACCCAUAACGAGGUUAAUGAGGACGUCAGAGGGGUUCAGAGCAGGUCGGCCAACCACAGCAGGGAGGAAAUAGCAUCUGUCCAUCGAUAUGAUGUUCAGCUUGGAGCUGCUGACCAAUCAGAUGUCCAGCUGCAGGAGGAGGGGGAUGAGGUAGUCUGGGAGAUUCAAACGCCCAGCCCCCCGCCACCAGCAGCAAUGUUAGUCUACAGAGCAGUUGAUGUCACUGCUGAUGUGUUCAGCCACAAUGAUGUGGAAGAGCAGGGACCUCCAGCGCCGUCUGGCUACCGGAGUACCUCCAACUCAAUUGACAGCAAACCUACCAACCCUAACGACACUCAUCCUGCCAAGACCCUCCCCUUUCACCGCCGAGACCACUUUCUGGACCUGAUGCUCUCACUUCCUGGUCCUCCUGGCCACUCCCCUUGUGCGUCUGGCUCCUCCCUCUGCUCUGGUCUACAGCCCAACCAAUCCUCAGGUAGUCUAAGUGUUCAUUCUGCAGCCUUGGUAGAGGACAGCGCCCCCUAUCGGUUAUUGGAGGACCUACACGACAACCACACACAAACAGAUACUGACACACACUCAAACAUGCAUGCCGCCAGACACAAUGCCACUGACUCACACACUCAAGCAGAGACCCAGGUGGAACUAGUCUCCACUAUAGACCCAGAAACACACACAGUCGCACUUACAGGCUUUCACCACGAUGUACACUCAAUUACUGAUACUCACCCUCUCUCACACACAGAGGCACAACUUGAUACACACUCAGACACACAUGCUGCUAACUUGGUGCACCUCCAGCAGGUCUCUGCAGUCCAGGCUGGCAGUACAGAGAGCAAUGACUUUGAUGUGGGUCUGGAUCCAGAUAUUAGUCUGGCGGACAUGUAUCGCUGGAAGGUUUCUGCUUAUGCUCCAUGCAGUUCAACCUGUACAACAGGUAUAAGUGCUAGCUACGCCCUGUGUGUUCGAUAUGAUGGCACUGAAGUAGAUGACAGUUAUUGCGACUCUGUGACCAGACCAGAACCUACACAUGAGUUCUGCACUGGAAAGGAAUGUCCUCCAAGAUGGGAGACCAGUGGUUGGAGUGAGUGCUCUCGAACCUGCGGUGAGGGCUUUCAGUACCGCACUGUACGCUGCUGGAAGAUGUUGUCUCCUGGUCUCGACUCUUCAGUCUACGAUUCAUUGUGUCUGUCACAUGACCUCCAUAAACCAGCUAAUAGAAAGGUGUGCCUUGGCCAGAGCUGCGGACCGCAGUGGGAGGUCUCUGAUUGGUCAGAGUGUUCAGCACGCUGUGGAUCUAGGGGCGUUCGGACUCGUGAGGUUCGUUGCUCCAUGGAAACGCGAUUAUGUAACGAAUCCUCUCAGCCAGUUGAAAGCCAGGAAUGUGAAGGGCCACCAUGUGACAGACGAUGGACAGUGUCAGACUGGGGACCUUGCUCUGGUGUGUGUGGAGAGGGUCGCAUGGUGCGUGCAGUAGCUUGCCGUUCAUCAGGUGGGGUGGUGAUGUCAGAGGAACAGUGCGACCAGUCACUGCGCCCGCUGGCUGUGUAUCCCUGUGGUGACAGAGACUGCUCCCCCCACUGGGUGGAGCAGGAGUGGCAACAGUGUAAUGCUACAUGUGGUCGUGGUGUGCGUCAGCGUCAGGUGGUAUGUGCAGGACUGGAAGGCGGUGUGUUCAAAGAGUUUCCUGACAGCAGCUGUGAGCAGAAGAAUAAACCAGAGAGCAUGUCUUCCUGCUUCCAGAGACCGUGCUCCAAGUGGUUCACCACAUCCUGGUCCCAGUGCAGCAAGACAUGUGGGAGUGGCAUUCGGGUUCGAGAGGUCAAGUGUUAUCAGGGGGAGGAGCUUGUAACCAGGGGACACAGCUGUGACUCCAGCAUCAAACCAGAAGCCAGACAGAGCUGUGAAAUCCAGAGCUGUCCAACAGAAGCACCAGCAGCGAUCCCAGCAGCAUCUGCAGUAAUAGAUGACUCCUGCCAAGACAAGCCAACAGCCAACUGUGCCUUGGUCCUGAAGGUGAAGCUGUGUUCCCACUGGUACUACAGGAAGGCCUGUUGCCAGUCCUGUAAGGCCCCAAGACCCUGAACCUCCACUGUGACCCUUCACCCCAACCCCUCCUCCUUCUCCCUGGUACUGAAGGUCAAACUACAUUCAUACUGGUGCUAUAGACAGGCCUGCUGCUGCUACUGCAGCACUGUUAGGCCUCAUGAUACUGCGCUUAACCCUUGUAACCCUUAACCUUUACCAAAGGUCAAACUGUGGUUUAAGAACUGUCCUUACCUCUAAUUUUUUGUUAACUUGAUCUAUUCACACCUACCAUUGGUCCUAAAAGUCAAUCUGUUUUUGCAUGCAGUAAAUGAUCUAUCAAAUGAGACUCAAAUGACUCUCAGUGUUCCGUGAUAGUCAUUUAACAUGACUAUCAACAGGUUUUCCAGAAGUCCCAACCACAACUUUGGCUGCUAUUGCUUAAUGGGAAUUUUCUCCCCGAUAAAACCUUAAUCUCUCAAGGCCAGAGUGCUACUAAAUCUAUUCACACACCACCUCCUCCCCACGUAAUGUGAAGACAGACUGUCUAGCUGUAGGACACACUGGGCAAUCUGUCCAUCUGUCUCUUCUUCCCUUGCCUCCCUUCACCUCCUAAACAGGAGCAAACCAAACUUCUGAUAGAGGUGCUUGAACAUCCCUCCAUCACUCCACAUUUAAGGUGCUACAACCCCAGAGGACUUCCCAUCCCCCGAUUCCCGUGUCCACUCCUUCAGGCCCCCCACCUCCACAGUGUUUAUAGGUGAUAUUCCCUAUAAGCAUCACCUUCUUUCAGUGCUUUAUAACUCCAUCCAGCUGUCCAUCCCCUCAAUUCCUCCUAAGGUGCUAUAUUCCACAGUAGGGGUUCCAUUCGAAACAGGUCAACACCCUUUGCCCAAUCACUGCGUGUAUUUCACAAUUUGCUUGGAUUAAUGUGGUUAUUUUUAAGAAUGUUAGCUGGGGACGUUUUGCUGAGGAUGCUCUAUGCUCAAAAAGGCAUAAGCCCACUUAACUUGCUAAAAUCAACUCUCAACAAACAAAAUGCAAAAGUGGACUGUGUGAAGAAAGUGGACCAUGGACCAUGCCAUUGAUUUUGAAUGUUUGGCCUAUUUACUACAUUUACCCACAUUUUACAAUGCAGUGAACCACUUGCAAAUUAUUUUGGUGUACUAAAGAUUUCACAACAUAUAAUCAAAAUCCUCCCAUUUUCAAAUAUGAAUCUUUCGUGGAAACAGUGAAACUGUGUUCCAGUGGAAAGACAUGCUUUACUUCGCCCACUUUGCUCAUCAUCAAAACACAACAGUGCUGCUGCUUUUAGGAAAGCUAAUGUGGACGACUUUAUUCUGAUGAUGGAAUACUGGUGUGAGGAAAGUUUGAAGUCUGUGAAAGAUCAUUCUCAUAUCGUAGUGGAACGAAUGGAAACCAAUGCCUGGAUAAAAGGAAGGAAAAAUGAUGUUGUAAUUCCAAAAUAUUAAUACAGGGUGACCCAAAAAAACGGGAAUUUUUGAAGUGCGUAUUGGCAGACAUGGGCAAGUGGCAGCACAAUUUUUAAAAAAUGAAAAUCAUUGUUUCUUAAAUGGCAUGUUUUCAGGUUUCAAUUGCUAUGAAUAAAAUAUUUUUCUUCCAUCACUCUUGGUUUUAUUGGAUUGUUAAAAAGUUCCCGUUUUUUUGGGUCACCCUGUAUGUGUCUUUUGAAGAUAUUAGGCUAAGCAUACAGAAUCACCGGUUUGGUCCUUUUUAAUGAUGUAAAAUGACAUGACUUACUGCAUCAGGAAAUCUGGCAGCCUGAAAUGAAUCUUUUAGUGACUAGCCAAACACUUCCAUAAGCAAUUUGAAAUGCAGUGAUAUGUGACAAAAUUAGCCUUAUAGUGCAAAUGCAGUGAAAACCAACAUAUAAUAAAGCACUGACAAAAGAGGACUAGUGCAAACCUAGCUCUGCCCAUGUUACUGAGGUGCUAACAUGGUUGCCAUUGAAAACAACACUGGCCCAACUCUUCUCUAUCCAAUUCACUGUGUACACUUGACGGUCAGUGUCUCUCUCCCAGAGUGUUGUUUACCUGUUGUUACACUGUUUACAGAGCUGUUGUUGUUACUGUAUCACAAGAGAGGAAUAAACCGUUGUUUUUGA